CAACAGUUGCAACAGUCCGAGUCCCCAUCCAUCUCCCAGCUUGCUCCCGGCGGCGGCGGCGGUGACGGUGGUCCUCGUCCUCGUCGUCGACCCUGCCUCCUCCGGCCCCCGAUGCAUCACCACCCUGGGCCUUUCCACGUCUUCAGGGCGGAGCGUGGCGUCACGGCUGGAUACCACCACCACAUCGGAGAUGGCGCCGCGCAGCUCCCCCCCGAGCUCCUCCACCACCCCCGCAGCCCCAACCCCAGCUCCAAGUCCUCCAGCAACGUCACCGUCGCCAACUUCCCGUCGCUCGCCAGUCCGCAUGGAGUAGUGGGGUCGUUGGGCAUGGCGACGCCGGGAAUGGCAUUUGCGGCGGCGGAGGGCCGGUUCUGCACGCCGAGGGCGGCCGUGCAGCAGCUCGAGAACUGGGGCGACUCCCUCUCCGGCAUCGUCGUCACCAGCCCGCUCACCGAGACCUCCACGGACCUCGACGACAGCGGCGACAAGCACCACGCCCUGAUGGGCGGUGGUGGCGCCGGCGGAGGGGCGCAUUCCCAACGACGGGUGGGGUGUGUCGAUUCCUCUGAAAGAACAGGAGAUGAGAAGACCGCACGGAGGCUUGCACAGAACCGCGAGGCGGCCCGGAAAAGCCGCAUCAGGAAGAAGGCUUACCUAGCGCAGCUGGAAAGCAGCCGAUCCAAGCUGACGCACCUUGAGCAAGAGCUUCAGAGGGCAAGGCAGCAGGGAAUCUUCAUUGCCGGUGGUGGCUCCGGUGACUGCUCAAGCCGAGGCGCCUUGGCGUUCGAUUUGGAGUAUGCGCGGUGGCUCGACGACCACCAGCGCCACAUCAACAACCUGAGGGUGGCCGUGAUCGCGGACAUGGGCGACGACGAGCUGCGCAUCCUCGUCGAGUUCGUGCUGCUGCACUACGACGAGUUCUUCAGGCUCAAGAACCUGGCGACCAAGUCCGACGUGUUCCACGUCCUGUCGGGCAUGUGGAUGAGCCCCGCCGAGCGGUUCUUCAUGUGGCUCGGCGGGUUCCGCUCGUCGGAGAUCCUCAAGGUACUGGCCAGCCACCUGGAGCCGCUGACGGACCAGCAGCUGAUGGGCAUCUGCAACCUGCAGCAGUCGUCGCAGCAGGCGGAGGACGCGCUGUCGCAGGGGAUGGAGGCCCUGCAGCAGGCGCUGUCCGAGACGCUGGCCGCGGCGGCGGGGGCCGGGCCGCUGGCCGGCGCCGCCAACGUGACCAACUACAUGGGGCAGAUGGCCAUCGCCAUGGGGAAGCUGAGCACGCUGGAGAACUUCCUCCGGCAGGGCGACCUCCUGAGGCAGCAGACCCUGCAGCAGAUGCACCGCAUCCUGACGACCCGGCAGGCCGCCCGCGCGCUGCUCGUCAUCAGCGACUACUUCUCCCGGCUCCGCGCGCUGAGCUCCCUCUGGCUGGCGCGGCCGAGGGACUAGCUGGCGCGGAUGGAGUCGGCGGCGUUCGAUCGGCGACCGGCUGCGAUGCGAGGGAGACGCCGCCCGCUCACUGAGCUGCGAAUUGGAUCCUUCGGAGAUUUUGAGUAAUGCUAGUGGCUAGUAUAUGUAACCGAAAUGUUGCACGGGACGCUGGAUGGCUGCUGCCGAGUAGUAGUGGACAACUAGUAGCGUAGCCGUAACAAGUGAGAUGUUAUCUAACUUAAUCCAUCCGGCCGGAGUAUUAAAGGGGGAAAGACGUCGUUGGAGAACACUCUUGCUCUAAUAUGUUAAAACGGCAUGACUCCAACGUAAAGUUGGUAAGUUACAGUUUUAAAG